AUGGUUCAAGUCGUCUUUUUUGCCUUAAUCAUCUGCGCUGUAACUUCAUUCUACUCUUCGCUGGCUGCCACUCUCAAUCGACGGGCUCAAUCAUCUACUUCUCAGCCUGUAGAGGUUCCUUACGAUCUAAAGAAGUUCUCCCAGGCAGCUGGACUUGUUCAACAAUGUUAUUGCACUCCUGGAUCUUACCACAAGGGUCUUCAAGUGGGUGAUUCGACUCUUUUAUGGGGAAUUGGUGACGGAAACAUGGAACAACGCGCUCUUAUCUAUCAUUCAAAGAGUCUUGGUAUUGCCGUUGCGUAUAUGGGUACAAAUGUAUCUUCGCUAAAGUCCUCCUCUAACGAUCUUCUCUUUCUUGGCGAACCGCCGAAUGCUCGUUACAGCGAAUAUUUCCCUGAAGGUGUGAAGCUAUUCCAUGGAUUUCAGCAGCCAUAUAUCCAACUUGUUGAUCGUGUCUAUGAUGCCAUCAAACGGUUUAAAAAGGAAUACAAUGAAAAUCGUGUUACUGUCAUUGGUCAUUCUCAAGGUGCUGCUAUGGGUCUCAUCUCGUCCGUUGACUUUGAGAAUCGCUUAGAAGAUGGGAUUUACCGCUCAUACUUAUUCGGUCUGCCACGCACAGGGAACCCAACCUUUGCCGAUUACGUGGAUCAAACCAUUGGCCAUAAACUGCGUUGGGUUGUUAGUGGGGAUGACUGGGUUCCUGCGGUUCCGCCUCGUUGGUUUGAUUACCAACAUCCAUCUAACUAUGUCUGGAUUUACCCUGCAAAUUCUACGAACUGGAAACUGUACCCUGGUCAAGAAAAUGUUCAUGGCUUCCCUACUGUCAAGCAAGACUAUAGCAAUUUUGACGACCACCAGGGUAUUGGAACUGAGAUUGGUCACUGCCCUGCUUUAGUGGGCCAGGACUAA